AUGUCAAAAAGCCGAUUUUGACAGUUGCAAAUUACAAGGAAAAAAAUAUUCCUGAUGUUCAAGAAGUGAUGUGGCUUAGAUUUAGAGGAAAACCAUGAAAAUAUCCGUUGUUAAUUGUUUUGUACAUACAUUGUGUUUAGUUUUAGUAUUCCUAGUUCUCGAAACAUCCAGCAAAGAAUGCGGGGACCCAAAGUGCGAAAGUGUGAUUGCAAAAGGCAGAGCUGUUCUACGGUUUCGUGGCGGUGGCGAAAAGAAAGUGAAUCUGGACCAGAAUGAAGCCGUCGAUAUAUUAGCCAAAAAUAUUGGCAAAGAUAAGGAGUUUCUUGUGCGAAAGGCUACUGGCAAGAUCGGUCUGGCACCAAAGGAUUUUAUUCGAGAGGUUAGCAUCGUGAUAAAAUCGAUUGAUCGAGUUAAAGUCGACGACACGGUAGACACAAGUCUGGAUAUCAAGCCAACGCAACCUGUUACCGAGGAAGAGAAAGUUUUGCAAACGACCGUGGUUGAGGGGACUGUCCUAACGAAUGAUGUUCUUUCGGACAGUUCGUCGGUUGAACCUGCCGCAAUAGAUGCGCCGUCUAGCGUGAAAUCAACUCCUACGUUGGAAGUGGUACCCAGCACACAGCCAGUUGAAGACAACCUACCGAAUGGUGCAGAUGUUUCGAAAAAUGAGACAGUUGAAGAAAAUGACGACGAUUCGGAAGAACUACUUGAAGCCGAAGAUACCGAAGAGGAUGAAGAAGAGGAAGAGGGCGAGGAUGUUAGUGAAGAAGACGAAGAUGAUGCACCAGAUACCAACAAUGAAGUAGAGAAAGAAGAAGCAGAGGAUAAUAACGCCGAUGAUGUUAGUGGCGAAGCCACUACUGCUGAAGGUCCAAAAACUGAAGUUACUUCUGAAGAGGUGCUACCAAAUGAUGGUCAAGACGAUGCCAAGCGUCCGCAAGCUGUUGCUGAAGAGAUACAAUCCAAGCCGGACGAUAGUGUGCAGAAUACAAGCGAAUCGGUACCUUCCACAAACCAAAUCAACAUCCAACCCUCGGUGAAAGAUAAUGAAGACAUAGAACAACAACCAGGUGCUGAUAAAGUUGAUGAAAAUGUCACAGAAGAUAGCACAACUGUAACAGAACAAGCAACGCAAAGCGAUGAUAAAUCGACAGAAACUGAUGAAAAUUUUAAUGGUUUAAGUGUAUCUGGUUCGGUGCAAAUGGAACCUGAAAAUUCUACCGAUGCAACGACUGAAAAUCCAACCGCUUCGGAAAAUGAUCCUCCAAGCGAAAUGGUUACCCAGCAACCCGUAGUUACGCAAGUUGUCCAAGAUUCUCCCACGAUGGAUUCUGUCUCGAUAGCCGAUGAAGUUACGACACCAUUAAGCAUUGUAGAGAUGACUGAAACUGAAGUACCUGUAACGAUGUUGCCCCCUGAAGUAGUUACGGAUGUUGUUCAGCCUCUUCCAGCUGAACCGGCCCCUGUCACCGAAACGGAAGAUGCGCCUAGCACAGUUGAGACUUCGAAAUAUUCGGAUAGUCAACCAACGCCGCCCAGCCGCAUCCUUGGAGGUGGUUUGGGUAAUUUAUUGGCACAUAGUCAUCAUCACCAUCACCAUCAUCAUCAUGGCCAUCACGAUCAUCAUCAUGGCCAUCACCAUCACGAUCAUCAACAUAAUCAUCAGUUGGAUACGGAACAGAGGGCACCGGAAGUAAAACAUGCCGAGAAAAACAUAAAUGUGCAGACAGUUGCCGACACACAUCUACAUUUGCCGGCACAAGUUGACGUACCGCAAACCACACUUCCGCAGGACGAGGAUGCUGGUAAUGUUCGACAAAAUGCCGAGCCUUUUGAAAAUAAUCAUUUACACAGCUCUGAAAUCGUUCCACCCGUUAAAGAACUGGCUAGCAACGGCAAUGAAGUGCCUGCAGAAAACGGAUAUUGUGACAGUACAGGUAUCGAUUGUCCCCCGCCAACAGCACCACACGUACCACCGUCGAUCAAACAAUCGAACGGUGGAUCAGAUUAUAAUCCGAUGGACCGAGAUGUGCACAACAACGAAAAAGAACCUGAACAGCCUCAGCAUAUGGCACCUGAUGACCGUACGGAACACCUGCAAGACGUUUUUGGUGGUGAAAAGCAGGAACAACUGACAGGAGAUUACAUCGAAGUGUUUGUACAAGAAGCGCUCAAGUUAAGCGAUCUUAUCCUUAUGCUAGCGAUCACAUCCUUCACGUUGUUGGUGUUUUCUCUGGGACAUUAUCUAAUUAAUAAGAAUCGGCGAGAGAAACCGCUCAUAUACAAGCUGAACAUGAUCGAGCGCGAUCUGAUGACGUCGUACAAAGAGAGCGCGCUGCUAAAAGCUGAGCUGCAGGAAACGAAGCAUAAGCUAACGAGCAUUGAAAACAAUUCAUUCGGUUCAAACGAUAUGGUGAUCGCACUGAAGGCGGAACUGGAAGCUGCUGAGCAGGCGAAACUAGAGCUGCAAGAUCAAAUAGCCGGUCUAGAAAAGGAGUUGGAAAAUGCCGCCGAAGCUGGUCUGGAGCUGAACAAAAUGGUGGCGGAGCUGUUAAAUCAAAACGGAAGCGAUUCGAUCGCGCUGAGCGUGGAAGAGCUUCAGCGUCAGUUAAACGAACAGCAGCAAACCAUUUUAUCGAUGAAUGCAUCGCUGGCCGAAAAGAGUCGUGAAAACAGCGAGCUACAGAUUGCGAUCGGUAAUCAAACGGGUAAAUUUAACGAACGUUUGGAAGAGCUGGAAAAGGCGCGCACUGAGCUGACCGAUCGUCGCAAACAGCUCGAGGAAGAAGUGGCCAGCUUGCAGUCGGAACAGAGAACGAAAGUGGACAGUAUGCGUAAAGAAACUGGUGCAGAAAUUGAUCGUUUAACUAAGGAAUUGAAGACCGCUCAAAGUAAAGCAGACGAAAGCCGCAAAGCUCUGGUAGCAAUGGAAGCGAAAUGUGAAGCACUUGAAGAGUGCAUAAAGGAAGUGAAAUCUGACGGUGGAAAUACUGGAAAAGGAAUGAUUGAUUCGAUUGAAUUGAAAGCCCAAAUAGCACUGUUGACCAAGGAAAAGGUGAACAUGCAGGAUAAAUUACAGGGUGAAAUUAUUGCUCGCCAGCUAGUGGAAGAUCACAUGAAGAUGGUAAACGAAGAAAUUUCGACACUUAAGCGAGAGUAUGGCAAAGCGGAAAAAGAUAAGCUGGAAGCAGAGACCAGACUGGAAGUGUUGUCGUCUUACUUUAAGGAUAAGGAAACACAAUUGCAAAAAGAACUAAGCGUGAAGGAAGCAAUGUGGAUGCAGCAACAGGGUGAAACGACCACUACGGUUGAAAAGAUACGCCACAUGCAGGAUGAAAUACAACAACUGAAAUCGCAAAACGAUAAGCUGCGGGCAGAAAUUGAAGCGCAAGCAACGGCACAUAAGGCGCAAUACACUACGCUUGAAACACGGUCGCACGAUGCAUGGCUUACCGCCCGACAGGCAGAACGUCGACUAGAGGAAGCCCGUAGCGAGUCCAGUGCACUACGGCGGAAGCUUACGGCGCUUGGUGAUAUCUCUGCUUCCAGCGAUGGUAUGGUAAACUUACCAAAUGCUUCCAUUACGCAAACCGAUCUCGGCCUAACUGCCCCCUCGCCUAUUCGCGUGGAGUCACCGAAUGCUCCUCAACUGUUGGGAGUGCUUCCACCGCCACCGUUUAUGCCACCAUUUAUGCCUGGUCCUCCGCCUCCGUUUAUGCCACCCUUCAUGCCACCACCACACGGUCCGGGUGAAAUGAGACCUCCACCACUGGGACGAUUAAUGUCACCGCCACCACCACCGAACAAUCGAUACUCUCCCAACAACAUAAUUGAUGCGCGAGAUCGAUACAGCCCGGACCGAGGUCGUUACUCACCGGACAGCCGGUACGACUAUUCCGUCAUGUCGACGUACGAAACCGAGAACGACUUUAGUCCACCGCCUUCACCGCCACAUCAUACACGUCACUCGAACUACGAUCGUGACCGGGAGCGUGAGCGGGAUCGGGAUCGGGAUCGUGAUCGUGAACGGGAUCGUGAUCGGGGCAGUGAUCGUGAACGGCCACACCGUGAUGGGCGCGGUAGCGGUAGUGGAGGUUAUUCGAGAGGUUAUACACCGACGGGUAUGCGCACUUCACCCCCUAUUCAGGAUCCAAGGAACAAAAAAUACGCAGGUGGUUUUAGCUCCGGUUCACAGGAUUCACUCGGUACAAGGAAAAGUUCAGGAAAAUAUAGAGGUACAGGAAAACCAGUACUAUAGGAUGCUGCUCUGGGUGUAAAACAAGAAUAUGUGUAAGCAAGUAGGAACAUUAAUCAAAACCGGCUAACAGAUUUAUGGAGAUGCUAUUUUAAAACCUUUGUCCUCAGUGUGAACAUUAAUCAGACACAGUGUACUCCCACGCGAAAAGUCACAUGGAAAGCUACCCAGCAUGAGUUGUUCCAUGAAUGCCGGAAAAAUACUAGGAAACGAUUGAAUGAGGAAAGUUGGAAAAAAUAAAUAUAAAUUCAAACAUCA